AAACACUUGGCCUACUCCGAUCGUUUGAUAAAUGGAAAUACAUAUGUGAAGGACAUUGUGAGUGACCUGUCCAAGGUAUGGAAUAGAUCCUCAUCUCCAACAAUAAGAUGGCAAGUACACUGGCAAGCAGCUCUUUAGCAGCUGAUACGAAUUCGAGACGUGUCCCGCCUGUCUCGCCAAAGCCUUCAUUGAUAUCAAAACAACGAGAUGAUAUUCAUAAACAAAAGAAAGAACCUUCUUUACUCCAAGGUUCAGAUGCAGUUGAAGGUAGCAUGGAAUAUACAGUCAAAUGUCUUGAGGAUGCGAUGCGUGAACCGAACAAGUUUGUUUUAGGAUUGCAAAAAAUGCUAUCAACUGUUCAUACCCAGCAAAGUAUUGAACAACAGUUACGUGAGGCUCAUGCCCAAAACAAUACUUUACAAAAACAUAUUGAAGAACAUCAGCGCAGACAAAACAAUGAUAUCAAUUUAAAUGCCGAAUUGGAAAUUGCAAUGGAAAAACUCCAAGGAGAACAUGAAACGUCAACAAGAAGACUAGAUGAAAUAAAAACACUGAAAGAAGCAAGGUUUCAAAGGGAAGAAGAAAUAAGGAAACAGGUUACUGAAUAUGAAGGCAAAAUAUUUGCACUUGAAAGUAAAUUAAACGGAGUUGAACUUUCUUUUAAAGAGUCGUAAGAUGAAAGGAUUGCCCAACAAAAGGAACAAAUGGAAAUUGACCAGUCAAAACAAAAACAAUACGAAGAUAUUAUUGAAAAUAUUAACAGAAAAUUGAAUGCACUUGCUGAAGUCAAUGAAUUGCAAGUUAAGAAACUUACUGAUCUCUCCUCUGAGCUACAGCAAAGAAGUGUCGAACUAGAAACAGUUUAUGAGCACGAUGAACAGGUGUUAUCUAAAAUUAGGAGCAUUGUUGUCCAUGAUGUAGCUUAUGCUGGCUUACAAUCUCCAAACAAAACAAACGAAACGAAAUUGAAGAACAUAAGAGAAGAGGUAUUAACAAAACUGACGGAUAGACUAAGACAAUCAAGUGCAUUAUCGUUGGACGAUGAAGAGAGAUCGAUGCUGCAGCUUGUACAAAUUCAUUUAGAGGCCGAAAUACAGACCUUACAAUCUGAAAAAGAGGAACGAACACGUUACCAAAGGACGGCCGAAGAAUUUGGGAACAGCCAAAUAGAUUACCUUGAACAGCAGAUUCAAAAGCAAAUAAACGAUCAACGUGUGGCAGAAUCAAUUGCAAAUGAAGAAAUUACAAAGUUAGAAGAUGAACUAGAAGAACGAAAACAAAACCAGGUAACAGCCGAAGUGUUCGCAGACAAAGAAUUAGACAAACUUGAGUCUCAGCUUCAAGAACAAAAAGACAAACGCAGGUUCAUCGAGAAAUAUGCAAGUGUGGAAAUCUUGAAACUGGAGAAGAUCAUAGAAGACAAAAAAAGAUCUCUUGAAUUAGCGGAAACGUUUGCAGAAACAGAAAUAUCUGCAUUAGAGACAAAGAUAGAGAGGAAGGAAAGCACACUCAAACUGGUUCUAAGAUUUUCCGAGGCCGAGAUAUCAAGACUUGAAGACGAAGUAAAUGACUGUUUGCAUCUAAAAGACGUUUUAGAAUCAGAGGCUACAUCUUUGAGACAAGAAUUGGCUGAUUUGCAACACAAAGAGGUGACAGAAAUUUACCAUAGCAAAACACAUCAGAUUACUGCAUUGACGGCUUUAGAUGAGUUACACAACACUGUGUCGUGUCUUCAAACGCGGAUUGUGGAGCUGGAGACAAUCAAUUCAAGGCAUGAAGUGUACGAACAACAUCAGUUAACGGACAAUGAUAGAAGACAGGCAGAUGCAGUGGAAGAGUUAAAAACACGGUUAAAACAAGAGAAAAUGAAAAAAAUGCAGGUUGUGAACAAACUGGCUGAAAUUAUAAGAGGAAAGGAAAAUGAAUUGGACGACAUGAGACAGAGGCUCUCUACGGCGAAACGUAAAUUGCAAGAUACGGAGACAGUUUUGACCCAGAAAAUGAAAGAAAAUACCUACGUAUUACUACAAAUGAGACUAGAUGCGAAGGAAAGUGAAAUCGAAGAAUUAAAAUGUAAAACGCCGAUGUCUGAGGAAUCCAAGAUCCACAUGGAAGGUUGGUUGAAUGUCUCAAUGUUUGGCUGGAAUAAACUGUUUGUGGUUGUUAGCCUUCAUCACGUGAUGUUCUUCCAAAACCUCGAGGAAAAGCAGAGAGCUAUGCCGAUGCUGGUGCUAGACAUUGUCUCGAUUCAGGACGCUAGAACUACCACUGAGGACGAGGAUCGGGAACUAAAAAAGAAGGAUCUGUCUAGAAUAUUUGUGUUGGUGUAUGACGCAGCAGGUGAAAAGGUACAGGGAUCGUCCCUAGAUAAAGAAAAGAAAAUGUCGGGAGACCGCACUUAUAAAGGUCACCUGUUUCAAGACGUGCAAUAUAGAUCACCAAAAACGUGUGACGCUUGUAAGAAAUCUAUGUGGAACGCGUUGCAACCUCCGCCAGCAGUAAAAUGCACUGGAUGUAACAGUAAAGUACAUAAAUAUCAUUAUGCCACGGACGACGGUAGCGUUAAACCAUGUCCUAGGAUUCCAAUAGCUAAAUAUGGCAUUGGAUUCAACCUGAGGAGCCUUUUUCUCCAGACAUAUUCUCCUGACAUGAGAAAGGCUUGGAUGACCCACAUCAUGGAGAAGGUCCAACACCUCCCGGAAUCAAAAUCUGGACAUGAGACUUAGCGCAUGUGACGAGAGAUUCUUAAGAAGCGCCACAUAUUAGACAUUUAGAUGGAUGAUUUUGAUAACGAAUCAUGAACAUCCCUCUUUAAUAGCAAUACAGUGAACAUUAUAAGAUGCUUUGCUUACCUGCAUCAGUAAAUCAUCAGCUAGAGGUAUUCUUAUGCACUUAUACUGAAAGCUAAUUGUAUUCUACAAUGGAAACUUUAAGGGCAGGUCAACAAACAAACGACUCAGACCACACAUAUGCCAACCUAUUUGUAUCAAUAAUACAAUGUACAAUUUGUGUGUACAUAUACUGACAGUCGUCCAAACUCAAGGUCCCACUGAUCCCUCUUUUUAUUCGUUCCCUUUGUAAACAGUGUGAAGCGCUGAAGUUAAUUUACGCUAUUUCAACACGCAUUCAGUCUAUUCGAGAUUAAUAUUUUCGAGACAAACAGGGUGAGAGAGUCACCGUUAACACUUAUAACAUGUUUGGUAAGACUCGGUCAGACCGAAACGUUUAGCUGUAUCAACGCUCUUAAAGCGAAUAGUCUACAUAUGUGAUGAUUAGUUGGUUUAGUUGUAUUUUUAUGAUAUGUUAUGUAUAUCAUAUUAUGAAAGUACAUGUAAUACUAUGCGGAUACGUUCCGGUCAGAAUAUUUAUUCAAAGCGUACAUCCAGCUCAUAUACAUAGAUGUACUUCUUUACAAUCUGCUAUCACUCCUUACAAAACAUAACGUGAUUAAUAUAAAUUUAUCUAAUGGUAUACUUUUCGGUAGUGUAUGCCUCAGAGAUGUAUUGAAAUGAAAAGACAGCGUGGCUCUGUAAUUCAGUACAGUUUAUUACAACACAUACACACAGAUUUUUAAUAUAUAUAAUAAAUAAUGAUAACAAUAUUUGUUGCUAAGUGUCUAUUCUGGUGCUACGCGAACACAUGAAUGGAUUGUAUGCCUUGUUGCUAAGUAGCCUCCGUGAUAUAAAUCUACAAAUAAAUAGUGACAUUCACAUUUUGCACACACAAACGUUAGUUUUGAUAAUUUUAAAACAGCCUAUGUUUGCUGAUUCAAUAUAUAUCUAUAAUGAGUAUUCGUAUAUAUAUUUGCAAUUUUAAAGAAUCUUCGAAUAUAACAUUUAAACCUCGCCGCCCAUAUUAGUUAUUUCUCAUUUUGAGUUAUUCUAUACUAAUCUCAAUAAAAACACUGUUGAGAAUACUGCCUCUUCUAUUGCUACUACUACUACUACUACUACUACUACUACUACUACUACUACUACUACUACUACUACCACUACCACUACUACUACUACUACUACUACUACUACUACUACUACUACUACUGCUACUGGUACUACUAUUACUGCUACUGCUACUGAUACUACAACAACUACUACAACUACAACCAUUACCACUACCACCACUACUUAUACUUUUAUUACAACUACUAAAAAACUAUGACAUUUUUAAGCUUUUACUUAAACUCGACAAGUCACUCUUUGCUCACACAAGGGAAAUAAAAUAAGAAUUGAAAUGAGUUGUUGUUUGUUGAGUUUUGUGCUGUUGUUCCAUGUUUCUAGUUUGUGAUUGAUUGUCUUUGUAUUCUAUGUCUUUGGCGUUUACCCUGUGCCAUUAAACGUGGGUUAUGUUUAUGUAAACUUUCGGCUACUGAGCUUGUUUCUGUAGUUUUUCAUAUCAAUAAUGAUAUUAACCGAUUUUAUUCCAUUCAAG